AUGAUCAAUUGUGAUAAUCCUACACCCCUUUCGUUCUAUCGAUUUAUAAAACCAGCUCAUCAUAACCGUGUAGAUGAGAAGUACCGCAAUACUCUUAAUUCAGCAUUGGAGUGCAAUCCUAAAAAUAGGGAAAUACAGAAGAAACUUACAGAAAUUCGAAAGAAGUUUGAUGACGGAGAAUAUAAACAAGACUGGGAAAUUUGGAUGCAAGAGAAGAGAGCGACUCGAGUUCACCGUUCGAUUCAAGUGACCAAUGAGAACGUCCACAAAAAAUUCAAUUCGUUAGUUGAAAGUCAGAGCGUUAUUGUCAAACAAGCGGAAGAUAAAGGUGAAAUUGAUGAUGAUCAAGGUGAAGAGCAUAAUGAGCAACGAUCACAAAUAGACAAUGGAUCUGAUGAUAUUGUUGUUGCAAGUGAAUCAGCAAAGAAAAAGAGUAAAACUGAUGAAUUUUUCGAAGAUAUGAGAAAUCGAAAUAUAUAUGUGCUAUGUGAACCAUUUAGAAAAUUGUCGCAAAUGGAUGCGGAGGACCGGUUCGAGAUGAUAGCUAAAAACACUGUUGAAAUUGAACUCCCUGAAGAUAUCAAGGAAUAUCUUCACUGUUUGCUCAACGGAGAUAUUAAAAAUGCAUUGUCGGAAGUAGAAAAACCACUUGACGGGGAUGCACGGCCAUUGAUGUUAUGGACGAGAGAAGUCUGUCGACAUUUUCUAUUUUACUAUUACUAUGGUGGUUUGCAAAUAGAUAGCGACGAAAAAACAUGGUCCAACCAAACGGUCUAUCGAAUUCUUGAUUUAUUUUCGAUGUUUUUUGGAAAUUUGACAUCAGGAAUUGCCUUGCACACAAAGAUAGUUUAUAACAUAAAUGCUGAUCAAAAACCGUCAAGUUCAAGGAGAGGCGACAAGAACGAUGCUGUCUUAUAUCAGGACAAUAACGCUACAAUUAUAUAUGAACAGUCCUUUGGACCCGCAGAAUUUGACGCAACACAUCAUAUGAGAGAUAUAACGAAACUAGCACGUAACGGAGUGGAUGAUUUAAAUUAUCACUUCUUACAAUAUGAAAAAUCUUCCAUAACAACAGCGAAAGAUUCAAAUCUAAUAUUUCAUAACAAUUUACCUCACGGUAUGAAAACGUAUAGGAUAUACGAAAUAUUUAAAUGUAAAAUCCCAAAGUCAUAUACGGACCGAUGGUUUCUAGCUAAAAUUGCAAGGAUAGGCGUUUAUUUGGAGACACACCUUACAGAUCGACAGUUUUUGAAAGGGAAAAUGGGCAUGGAAGACGCAAUCAACGAUAAGGGUCCUAAUUGUGUAUGCAAUUGGAUGGAAAUACCGGAUAACACUCCAGAAACGAAAAGAGCAAAAUGA